ACACUCAGUACAAACCUAAGUUUGACCGCGUGUGUGCUGUUUUAGUUAAUUAAAGUUCCAUUUAGUGUGUGAAAUGUUCCGUCUGUGUGUUCUGGCAUUAGUCGGCUGUGCCUUCGCCUCGCCGCAGUACCAAAUACACCAACAACAGGAUGAGGGUAUACCUCCGCAUCUCCUGAGACAGUACAUCGGUGUCCAGGGCCAGGGUCAGCAGCACAGGGCCGCACCAAUCCCAGCACCAGCCAGGCUCGCUUACAACGUUCAAGAGGAACAGUAUCAACAAAGACCGCAAUACCAACCUCAACCUCAAUCACAACCACAACCUCAACCUCAACCCCAACCCCAACCUCAACCUCAACCUCAACCUCAACCUCAACAGUACAGACAGCAACAGCAACAGCAACCCGAAGACUUUGAUCACAAUCCUUCUUAUCAAUUCGGUUUCGAUGUAAACGACGACCAGUUCACCAACUACCAGAACCGGAAGGAACAGAGAGACGGUGACGUCAUCAAGGGCUCCUACUCCGUCGUAGACAGCGACGGCUUCAUCAGAACAGUCACCUACACCGCUGAUCCCAAGGAGGGAUUCAAGGCUGAAGUGUCUCGCCAACCCACCGACAUCGUAGUGAAGAUCCCGACCCCUAAACCCCAGACCCUAUCAGCCCAACAACCGAUCGCGCACCAACAACACCAGCCCCAACUCCAACACCAGCCCCAGCUCCAACACCAGCCCCAACUCCAACACCAACCCCAAGUAGCUAGACAGCAAUCUCCUCAACAGCAAUACUACCGUUACGAAUAACAUCUUUAACAAGAGUUGUUGAUGUUCUUUUAUCUUCUGUUGUAUCAUUUCCGUAUCUGAACUCUUAUAACUCGGCCAUCACAGACCGACACACCGUUCCUUAAAGCUGUCGCAGUCCUUUCGACUCGACGCGAUGUCCCUAUAAACUAUGUUUUGUUUUGUCCAGUUUUUUCUUCUAACCUAACCUUUAAUACUCUCAACUGUAGAUAUCUUAGAUUAAAUUAUAUAUAGAUUAGUUUAGAAAUGAGAACUAUUAGGAUAGGAUUUAGAAUUCUAAGUCCCUCUGAAAUGUAAUGGAAUAAUAAAAUUAUUUUUAUAAUA